AUGCCAUGGCUCCAAAAACACAACUCGGUUAUUGACUGGAACUCCCUCACGAUACAACUAGCGCCAACACUGCGUGCAGUAGUCUUCGAGCCCCAAGUCCGCCUACGCAGUGUCACUCUCAUCAAGGAAUUGCCGUGCGAUGAGGCGGACUGGAUAGGUGAAGCGCCCAAGGACCCGCGCAUACUCCUGGAGGAGACCACCACACCCAAGGCAGAACCCGCAGCCAGGGAUCUCGCCUGGGACGAGCCGAGUUCGCCACACCAGCAAAACUCGAAACAGCGCAAAAGAUAG